AUGAGCAGGUGGUUUAGAUCUGCCGCAAAGGCAGUACCUAAUAUGGUGGGAGAAGACGAGGAACAACACUUGAGGGAUGUCGAGGCUGCAAUGUUGAGGCUGUUGAAUGAUGACAUUGAGGAAGCGGACAAGUUAUUGAAGAAACAGGACUCUUCAUAUCAUCAUCUGGGGAGAGGAAUUUCUGGAUUCUUAUCUGCAAUGAUGGGAGUUGAGAAGGAUUUACUGAAGGAGGCUGCCGUUAUUUUACAAGAGGCUGAGAAUAAAAGUUGGGAGGACAUGAAGAAAGCCCAAAAGGAAUCGAAUGCUUUUCAAUCAAAUAUAUAUCCGCAAGGUACGGAGUAUCUCUUGUGCUAUUCAGUGGCUCAAUUGACGAGUGCAAUCACUGCAGUUCUCAGCGGAAGUAUCACAGAAGCAGUGAAGGGGUUUUACAAAUUGAGAAAGGCAUAUCUUACACUAGAUGGAAUAUUGGAGAUAGAAAACAAAUACCUGGAGAAGAUGGCCAGCUCAAGUACAGUUUCUCUUGCCUCUAGACCCCCGAGCCGAAAAAGUACAACAUCAGCAAUUACUGUUGAUAAAUUAGCACAUCAAACGGCAGAUCUCUCGGUAGGAGACCUUGAUGAAAAGAUGGACGAUGAUAGUGUAUUUCCGGAUGUCUCGAGACCACCUUCACCCCCCUCGGUAAUGAAUCCCUAUGAUAUUGAUCCAGAGCUUGCGGCAAAAGUAUUUACCAAUCGAACGGAUAUCUUCAUACAUUCUGGAGUUCGAUUAUGUUGCGGUCUUCUACUUCUUGUUUUCUCCAUGAUCGAAAAUCCGGUUUUCAACAAAAUAUUGUACAUUGUAGGAUUUAAAGGGGACCGAGAACGUGGCACCAGACUGUUGUGGCAAGCAACAAGAUAUCAAAAUUUUAACAGCGCCAUUGCUGCUCUCGCUCUACUUGGAUUUUACAACGGAUUAGUUGGAUUCUGCGAUAUUCUACCCACGGAUGAUGCGGCUGACGAUAAUCUUACGGGGUACCCGAAACAGAGAUGUGAGGCGCUACUGGCUGAGAUGAAAUCUCGACAUCCCGAGUCUAAGUUAUGGAGACUGGAGGAAGCUCGUAUGUUGGCCUAUAACCAAGAUUUGAAAGGUGCCCUUGAAAUUUUGGAAGAUAACUCCAAGAGUAAGAUGAGACAAAUUGCUAUGAUUAAUACAUUUGAGAUGGCUCUGACUACAAUGUUCGUCCAUGAAUAUCAGAAAUCAGCCACGGCAUGGAUCAAUUGUAGCGAACAGAGUGCUUGGAGUCCAACAUUGUACUUUUACAUGGCCGGUGCUUCAUAUGUCGAGCUUUACCGAAACACACGACUCAGCGAUCCUGCGGCAGCUAAAGUUCACAAGAAGAAGGCUAUUGAGUUUCUCCUCAAGGCGCCACCCCUAGCGGGUAAACAGAAAGUCAUGGCUAAACAACUCCCCUUUGAUAUCUACAUUGUCAGCAAAGUUGGGAAAUGGGAACAAAGAGCCAAGGAAUGGGGUGUGGAUGUCGUAGAUGCAAUUGGGCCAAGUCCAUAUGUUGAAAUGAUAUAUUUCUGGAACGGGGUGAAGAAGAGUGGGUCGGUGGAGUUGGAAAAGUGUCUGGAUCUUCUCAAGGACGAAAGAAUGGCCUGUCCGGAUAAAUGCAUUGAUGAUGAAGAUGAUGCGGCUGUUCAUAUCCUGCUUCGAGGAUGUAUGUUGAGGAAUUUGGGAAGGUAUGAGGAGGCGAGGACAAUUUUGACCGAGAAAAUUAUCGAUUCUGAAAGAUAUACUCGUGGCGCUCUCCGAGAUGACUGGGUUCUUCCAUCCGCCUAUUAUGAAGUAGCAAGUUGUUCCUGGGACGAAAAGGAUAUUUCGCCAGCGGGAGUAUCGUCAGAGGGCAAAGUAUCAGAGAAGAAAAUCCUAGAGCAUCAUAAAGAAAAGGUACUAGAUUGCGAAGAAAAGUUAUUAAAGUUGCAUAGUUGGCCUCAGACUUAUGUUUUUGAGGCAAGGAUGGGUUUUAAGAUUAGUACGAGUUUGCUUACUGUUAGGAGGCAUAAAGGAUUGAUGGGGUUUUAG